AUGCAGCACAUGAAUGGCCUGCUGCACACGACAUCGCUCCAGCUCGCCCAAAAUGCCCACACCGACCCCGUCGCCGGCCAGAAACGCACAUGGUCUGCCGCGAGCAAUAAUGUCACCGGCUCCGUCGAUCCUGACUCGACGCCCAAGCCGCCGCCGUUUCUCUUCAAGCGCUCCGUCGCCCUGCCCAAUGCCGCGCCCAAGCUGACACCGAGCCGCAUCACCGCCCUCGGGCCGUCGUCCUCGGGCGACGGUGAGUACACGCAGCGUCACAAGAUCGCCGCGACGCCGUCGUCGUCGCUUGACCCGGAGCUGCACCUGUCGCACGCCGUGUACGACCUGCCCCCGCGGCUGGUGGCCAACUUUGCGGCGCUGGGCAUCAAUUACAUCUACCCCUGGCAGCGCAACUGCCUCAAGGGGCCCGGCCUGCUCUCCGGCGAGCGCAACCUGGUCUACUGCGCGCCGACCGGCGGUGGUAAAUCCCUAGUCGCCGACUUGCUCAUGCUGAAGCGCAUCCUCCACCAGCGCGAGUCCAAGGCCUUGCUUGUGCUCCCCUACGUGGCUCUCGUCCAGGAAAAGGUGCGUUGGCUGCGCAAGCUUGUCGAGGGCCUCAAGCAGCCGUCGGCCGUUGAAGCGGAUAUCCACGCGCCGUUCAACGCAAGGCCGAGCCCGGAUGGCCUGCGCGUGCUUGGGUUCUUCGGCGGCGGCAAGGUCCGCGCCACCUGGGACGACUUUGAAAUUGGAGUCUGCACACUGGAAAAGGCCAAUAUGCUUAUCAACGCAGCCAUCCAAGACUGCUCGAUAUCGAAGCUCCGGGCGGUCGUGUUGGACGAACUCCACAUGAUUGACGAUGAGCACCGAGGCUACACACUGGAGCUCAUUGGCACGAAAUUACUCAGCUUGGAGCAUACGGUUCAAAUCGUCGGCAUGAGUGCCACUAUUCCCAACAUGGAUCUCAUGGCUCAAUGGCUCAAUGGCCACUCAUUCGAGACGCGAUACCGACCCGUUCCCAUCGAAGAACACCUCGUCUGCAACGGUGCCGUCUUUGCCGCCGAUGAUCCUCGCUGCCUACCCGAUAACGCCGACCAGCUCAAGAGUGGCAGGGUGGAUGCCGUUCGCGCGAUUGGUGCCUCCUCGCACAAAGAGCUGUCAGAUCCCGUGCUGAAUGCCGUCGUCACGCUUGCCCAUGAAACUGCGUCUGCUGGCUACGGCGUCCUGAUGUUAGUCCUCUCCCCAGCGCUGCGUUCAGCGAUGCUAAUUCAGAAGGCUGGCAUAACCGCCGAAGAGAGAGAUCUGAUCGCAGCCGCAUAUGAUGCCGGGACCCUUCUAGUCUGUGUCGCCACAUGCAGCCUCGCUGCUGGCAUCAACCUUCCAGCUCGCCGUGUCAUCUUGCACAAUGCCAGGAUGGGCCGUGACUUUGUAGGGCCAGCAAUGCUGAGGCAGAUGCGCGGGCGUGCCGGUCGCCAAGGCAAGUCGCCUGUUGGCGAGACCUAUCUGUGCUGCCGCGAGGCCGACCUGGAGCCUGUCGUGCAGCUGAUCAAGGCAGAGCUGCCCAAGGUCACUAGCUGUCUUACAUCGGAAAAUCGCCGCGUUCAACGUGCUGUUUUGGAAGUAAUUGCUGUACACCUGGCUACGAGCUACGACUCUAUUCGCUUCUACUUUGCAAAAUCUCUCCUGGCACUUACCCAAGACAUGGCUCGAGUCGAUGACGAUCUUAGGGCCAGCUUGAGGGAUCUGGAGGGUCUCGAGCUCAUCGAGGCCGACGCCUUUGGCAACUAUGCGCCGACGCGGUUGGGCGGAGCCAUCGUGGCGUCCGCCAUUGACCCGGAUGACGGCAUCUUCGUGCACCGCGAGCUUGUCAAGGCGCUGCGAGCCUUUGUCAUGGACGGCGAGCUGCACAUCCUCUACGUCUUCACCCCGGUGCAGGACCUGGGUGUCACGAUCAACUGGCAGGUAUUCCGAAACGAACUGCAGCUGCUCGACGAGAGCGGGUUGCGCGUUUUACGAUUCCUAGGCAUCAAGCCGACUGCUAUUCUCCAGUUCGCGCAAGGCGUCUCGGUGCCUGAGAACACACCGGAAGCAAAGGAGCUGUCUCGCGUUUACAAGAGGUUCUAUCUGGCGCUUCAGCUGCGGGAUUUAUGCAACGAGGUGCCAAUCCACGUGGUCGCGCGAAAGUACGACUCACCGCGAGGCGCCGUGCAAACACUCUCGCAGACCUGUCAUGGCUUCGCUGCCGGCGUGAUCAAAUUCUGCCAGCACAUGGACUGGGGCCUCAUGGCAGCGGCGCUCGACCACUUCUCUGAUCGCCUCUUGGCAGGCGCUCGUACUGAGCUACUCAGUCUCGCAAAAAUACCCUUUAUAAAGAGCCGAACGGCGCGUGUGUUCUGGGAAAAUGGAUUCCGCACCGUCGGCACCAUAGCCAAUGCCGAUCCCAAAGAGCUCGUGCCUAUUUUGAAACAGGCAAAUCCUAGCAAGAGUCGGGUCAAGGGUCUGGACAUUGCAAAAUACGAAGAGAAGCUGCUGUCGAAAGCCAACAUUAUUUCUGCCUCGGCCAACAGAUUAUGGAGUAUACAAAUGCAGGCAGAAAUGGACCUGGAAUAA